AUGGACUCGCUCGUUUUACUUCGGGCAAGUCUUAUUGGUAAUGACGAUCUCAAACGGGAGGUGUUAGGGGAUGAGGAAACUGUCUCUGACGUUGUGUCCCACUUUACGCUGGCCCUUCACGCAAUGGUGAUGGACCUCAGUGCUCCUGAGGCUCUAGAGGUCCCCAAGCUCGUGGUAAUCGUCAAAUUGCUUUUGAAUCUGCCUCAGCCGAUACCUUGGAAGGUGCUUGAUAAGCUCCAGCUGGUUGUUCAACCAUUAGUGGCUUUACUUGCUGCGUAUCCGAAACUCAAGCGAAAGACGCCCCUCGACAUCGAUUUGGAUAUCGUCAUCAAUUACAGUGUUGAUAUAUGCGUUAAUUUAGCAAAAGAGGCAAGCAUUAAUGCUGAUUGGCGAGGUCUAGCCCUGUUUGUUACGCUGGUCGUGACAGACGUUGACGCUAGUGCCGAAGUGGUUACACGUGCAUUAACGCUAGUGCCACUCAUUGUCACCGAGGCCGAACCCAAUUCAGUUGAGCUUCAAACACUUCUGGAUCAGCUAGUCUUGGGUCUCAGUCAAUGGGCUUCUCCAAUAGAUGAUCCGACAGAGAAUGUAUACGCGCAACCAUUCUCGAAGGAUAAAUUACUGACCCAGUUGCUCGGAGCAUAUUGCUUAGCUUUGACGCAACUUGGGAGACUGGGGCUGGCUGAACUAGGAGCGAUUCUGAAGCCUAUAUACGGCCUUUUGUUCAGGGCCCUGCGACUAGAUGCAACAAUGGCAUUAGCAGCGAUUAAUGUGCUUGCACUCACUCUGUCGAGGCCAAAUUUUCCCUUUACACUGCUACAAUUGUUUCCCACUUUGAUUGACCUUAUGGUUCUGCCACCUCCUCUGCUACCGUUGUUUGUUUUAUCCCCAAUUAGAAUUUUGGCUGACUUGUGUAAGCAGAAUAACGAUCUCAGUUUGCAUCUAAAGCAAACAAAUCUCGAUCUUCAAUUGGUAGAGAUGUUUGCCCAAAGAGUCGAAGGCGACAAGCUAUUAACUGCUCUUCUUCUGCUCAAACAGAAAACGCCAGGCAAUGCAUUCGCGAGAAUUCCAGCGACGAUGAUCAAGUCUUAUCAAUUUGAUCCUAUUGUUGCUGAUUUCUUGUUAUUGUUACUGGUGCACUGCGCGACAAACGAGGAUAACCGUACAAGAAUCACGCAGGCACCCGAGCAAAUUGGCUUCCAUCGAACUCUUUUUCAAAUUUUAGACUUACAUUUGUGGCUCAUGCUCCAGACCCAUUUACUUUUCAAAUUAGUUCGUCGAGGUUGCACAGAUUUGGGUGUGCUGGGGGGUAUUGUUGUGGGAUUAACUGAUAACCCUCUAUUUACAAACUGCCUCUACCUUGUACGGCUGCUACUGCGGCUGAUUACGCCAUUGCGGACGUUUUUUGUUGAACUUAAUCUGUUUCAGCUGUUUUUUCUGGCCAAUUAUCACCCAGAGACAGCGGAACCUCGAGCUGACGGCUUCGUUGUUACUCUUCUUGAGACGCUCAGGCUUUAUGAGAGUCAUGUUACCAUAUUAACAUCACUCAAACAUCCAGUUAAUACAGCAAUGGUGAAUCAGAGUCUCGUGCUUGCCGUGAUUGCCAAUCUUAGUACAGAAUUUCUGCUGUUCAAGAUGGCAAUUUCUCAUUAUGAUUCAUUCUUGACCCUGCUACUGAUGGUAUUUCGCGAAGCCCGGCGUAGCGCAUCAUCUGACUCUAAAAAUGCCUACGCACACGCUUUCAUCGAGUUGAAUGUCUUGCAUGUGCUCCGAAACAUUCUUCACGUGGAUACAGACGAAAAUAAGCGUGAGGUUUGGCAAUUUUUUGAGCUAACAGAUAUACUCAACAAAACUGUGUAUGGUCAAUAUCCUCUGGAGGUUGUUGACGAUCCGGAGCUCCACCACAUUUACAUCAAACAGAAAUUAGUUUCAUUUCAAGUAUUACGCAAUGCGACUGCCUGGCUGCUGAUUUAUCCAGAAAUUGUUGAUGCAUGGGCACUGUGCUAUGAUCUGUGGCCUCGCUCGAAGCGGCAACACAUUAGUCAAACAUGGGAUGGAUACCUUGUUUCAACGUUGGAGAAUUACGACGUGUUUUUGGGUCAACAAGAUGCAGUCGUGAAUGAGACUGACUUACAAACAUGGAUGCUUGAAAAUCUGGCCGAUUAUGUCCUGCUUGUGGUUACUAUUACUCUGAUGGAAGCUAACAGAUAUGAGGACCCAGUAGAGCAACCAGAGGGCCCAUUCCCAUCUGAUGGAAUACUUGGAAUCUGGCUCCGCUUACUCAAAUGCCACGUCAGAGGGCGUCCUCUGGAACAAGCGGGCUCGCUGGGGGUCGAAAAUAUUUAUGACGUCAAGCUUCUGAUUCUCCUUGUGCUCAUAAAUUUGAUCCUGAAAGAGCUGACGAGUCUUGUGUAUCGUCAAGGACUUACAGACUACACUUUGUUCGAAACUGUGGCCAAUCAAGGUGACCACCGUGCAUACCCAUCGCUGCAACUGCUGCUGUCACAAACAAGGUUUUCUAUCGGGACGCGCUGGGAUAGGGUUGCUUCCAUGGCUCCAGCUCAAACUUUGAUCACAGAACUGAGAGCUCGUUAUUUAGAGCAGUUUGGGUUUUUCUCUGUUGUUUCUGAUAUGAUCCGCUAUUUCAGCGAGCGCAAUCGAGGGAAGAAGUUUAAUGUGCGGAAUUGUCACGACUUGGUGGAGCGCCUAAGCCAAUUCAAGCAUCAGAUGGAAGUGUUGUUGUAUCUGAGAAACUUGGAUUUCUCUGAAGCUGGAAAUGUGCAUAAGGCUGAAGCGAUCAAACCAUUAGCUUCUGAGGCUCGCCGCAACGUUAAUCGUGGCGGUGAAGGAUUUGGCUAUGACGAGGACGACGAUGUUGAUGAGGAUGAUGAAGAAGAAGAAGAAGACGAAGAGGAAGAGGAAGACGAAGCCGACGGCGACAAUGAGAAUGAUAGCAAUGACGACGAACAGAUGAUGCAGCAGAUUAACGAGACGUUGGAAGAAGGGUGGUUGAUGUGA